AUGGCAGCCAUGAUGCUCAACCAACGUACGAGUGGAUUCGUCGGCACUCCGACGGUCUCGAAAUCUGCAUCGCGCACUACCACGCGCACUACUUUUACGAUAGAAUCGGGCCUCUCCACAACCGACCGAAACAAUAAGCGUUCGAGAAUCGGGAAGCAACCGAUCUCGGUGCCGAAAGGCGUCACGUACGACUUGAAAGAAGGCAGUUUAAAAGUGAAGGUACGUAUUCUGAAUAGUUUUACCGUGAUUUUAGGGGGAUAUAAACCUCGCAUACGCGUCGAACGCGGACUAUCAAAGAUAAAAACUCACCACUGUAAUAUCUCUCUUUUCUUUUCCAAUCACGAUCUGCAGGGCCCGAAAGGUGAAUUGAGCUUGGAGUACCCGGCGGAAUACAUCUCCAUGAAGGUUGAAGGCGAACAAAUCGUAGUGGAUAGAACGAGCUCGACGAAAAAGGCGAGAGAGCAACACGCUUUAUACAGAACCUUAGCUAACAACAUGUUCGUCGGCGUCUCUACUGGCUUUGAGAGAAAGUUGAAACUCGUAGGUGUUGGUUACAAAGCUGCCAUGCAAGGUUCCAAGGCGGUGAGCUUGUCCUUAGGUAAGGCGCACCCGGAUGUGUGCGAAUUCCCGGCAGGCGUCACGGUGAAAGUCGAUUCGCCGACGGAGUUGACGGUGUCUGGUUACGACAAGUCGGCGGUCGGUAACUUUGCGGCUAUCAUUCGAUCAAAGAGAAAGCCGGAACCGUACAAAGGGAAGGGUAUCAGAUAUUCGGACGAAGUUGUCAUCCAAAAGGAAGGCAAAAGAAAGUAA